AUGCUGUGUUGGACACAGUCCCCACCUCUAUAAAUUCACCACCUCAGUACUCUCGCCGAUGCUAAAUUCACACAACUCACACCCAGCUCACGGCGGCGUUUUUUUACCCCACCGAGUUACCCAAUUAAAUCUCUCCCUUGAGAUUCCGUUGGAGCGGAUUGCUUUGCUCUCUUAACCCAAUACUAUCGAAUUUUUCGCCGUCGUGAAUAAUAAGGACUCUUUUUUUAUUUAUACGCCCAAUAAUUUCUUCUGUUUUCAGAUUUACUCCCUUCGGAUAGGUUUUCAUCGGUUCUUCCCUGAAACUCUGUUGAAUCACCUAAAAUUUCACCAGAUCUGAUUUACCGACGAUUGGUGUAACUAAUUUCAAAAUUAAAAAAAACGUAAGAUUUAUCUUAAGGCGGUGGAUUGAUUUCGGAUUCCGAGAAACAUGUCGGCGGUGUCAGGAUCGGGCAUUCAUGUGAAAGGCGGUGGCCUGGUGAAGCCGCCGUGCGCGCCGAGUCACCAGCUAAAUGCGGUGGCCGCUUUGAGCCGGAGGGUUAGGGCGUCGCAGGGAUUUACGGCAAAGCAGAGGACGGUACGCCUGGAGAAUAAGUUCGUUUUCGGCACGAGCCUGAAGAGCGGUGCCGCAGAGAGGUUGCAUCUCUGGCAGACGACCGGGGCGGGUCGGUCUCCGAAGAUACGGUUUGUGGUGAAGAAUUCGAUGUCUCAGGUUCCGGAAAAGCCGCUCGGGCUUUACGAUCCGUCUUUUGAUAAGGACUCUUGUGGUGUCGGCUUCGUGGCUGAGCUUUCUGGUGAAAGCAGCCGUAAAACGGUAACGGAUGCUAUUGAGAUGUUGGUGCGCAUGUCGCAUAGAGGUGCGUGUGGUUGCGAGACGAAUACUGGAGAUGGUGCUGGAAUUCUCGUCGGCGUUCCUCAUGAUUUUUACAAAGUGGCUCUUAAAGAUGCUGGAUUUGAGCUACCACCACUUGGAGAGUAUGCAGUGGGCAUGUUUUUCUUGCCUACUUCAGACAGCCGGAGGGAACAAAGUAAAAUUGUGUUCGCAAAGGUGGCUGAAUCUCUUGGCCACACAGUUCUUGGGUGGCGUUCAGUCCCCACUGAUAACUCUGGAUUGGGAAACUCUGCUAUGCAGACAGAACCUGUCAUUGAACAAGUUUUCCUUACAGCCUCUCCCAGGUCGAAAGCUGAUUUUGAACAACAGAUGUACAUAUUAAGGAGGGUUGCCAUGGUAGCUAUCCGAGCUGCACUAAACAUUCAACAUGGUGCAGUGAGAGACUUCUACAUAUGUUCUCUGUCCUCGAGGACUGUUGUCUACAAAGGUCAGUUGAAGCCAGACCAGUUGAAGGGAUACUACUACGCAGAUCUUGGCAAUGAAAGGUUUACGAGCUACAUGGCCCUGAUACAUUCUAGAUUCUCGACAAACACAUUUCCUAGCUGGGAUCGAGCUCAGCCCAUGCGUGUCCUUGGCCACAAUGGAGAAAUUAAUACCCUUCGAGGCAAUGUCAAUUGGAUGAGGGCUCGUGAGGGUCUUCUGAAAUGUAAGGAGCUUGGCCUAUCGAAGGCAGAAAUGAAGAAGCUUCUGCCAAUUGUAGAUGCCAGCUCAUCUGAUUCAGGUUCAUUUGACGGUGUGCUUGAGCUUUUGGUUAGAGCUGGCAGAAGUCUACCUGAAGCUGUAAUGAUGAUGAUUCCAGAAGCCUGGCAAAAUGAUAAGAACAUGGAUCCUAGUCGAAAGGCUCUGUAUGAAUAUUUCUCAGCUCUAAUGGAGCCAUGGGAUGGGCCUGCUCUUAUAUCAUUUACUGAUGGAAGAUAUCUGGGAGCAACAUUGGAUCGAAAUGGGCUGCGACCAGGUCGCUUUUACGUAACACAUAGUGGCAGAGUUAUCAUGGCAAGUGAAGUUGGAGUUGUUGAUAUUCCCCCAGAAGAUGUAUCCAGAAAAGGAAGACUUAAUCCUGGUAUGAUGCUUCUUGUGGACUUUGAGAAGCAUGUCGUUGUGGAUGAUGAAGCCUUGAAGCAACAAUACUCGCUGUCAAGACCUUAUGGAGAGUGGCUUCAAAGGCAAAAGUUACAGUUGAAAGACAUAGUCGAAUCUGUUCCGGAAUCUGACAGGGUCCCUCCUCCCAUGGCUGGUGUUUUACCGGCAUCUCCCGAUGAUGAAAAUAUGGAGAACAUGGGACUUCAUGGUUUAUUGUCACCACUAAAAGCUUUUGGUUACACUGUUGAAUCCUUGGAGAUGCUGCUACUACCUAUGGCGAAAGAUGGCAUUGAGGCCCUUGGGUCGAUGGGAAAUGACGCUCCAUUGGCAGUGAUGUCUAACAGGGAGAAACUAACAUUUGAAUAUUUCAAGCAGAUGUUUGCUCAAGUCACAAACCCUCCCAUUGAUCCUAUCCGGGAGAAGAUUGUUACCUCCAUGGAAUGCAUGGUUGGUCCAGAAGGUGAUCUUACAGAGACCACAGAAGAGCAGUGUCACCGCCUGUCACUUAAAGGACCUCUGCUAUCCAUUGAAGAAAUGGAAGCAAUGAAAAAGAUGAACCACAGGGGAUGGAGAAGCAAAGUUCUUGACAUUACCUUCUCCAAGAGUCAUGGCAAGAAGGGCUUAGAGGAAACGUUAGACAGAAUAUGCACCGAAGCACAUACUGCAAUCAAGGAGGGUUAUACAACACUUGUGUUAUCUGACAGAGCUUUCUCGCCAAAGCGAGUUGCGGUCAGUUCCCUGUUGGCUGUUGGUGCUGUACAUCAUCAUCUAGUGAAGAACCUCGAGCGAACCCGUGUUGCAUUGAUUGUUGAAUCUGCUGAGCCUCGUGAAGUCCACCAUUUUUGUACGCUUGUUGGAUUUGGUGCUGAUGCAAUCUGCCCUUAUUUGGCUGUAGAAGCUAUUUGGAGAUUGCAAGUUGAUGGAAAAAUUCCACCCAAAGCAAAUGGUGAAUUCCACCCAAAAGGGGAGCUUGUCAAGAAAUAUUUUAGAGCUAGCAACUAUGGCAUGAUGAAGGUCCUUGCCAAGAUGGGUAUAUCAACUUUGGCCUCAUAUAAGGGUGCUCAGAUCUUUGAGGCUGUGGGCCUCUCGUCAGAGGUGAUGGAACGGUGCUUCAAGGGAACUCCUAGCAGAGUGGAGGGCGCCACUUUCGAAGCACUUGCACAAGACGCACUUCAGUUACAUGAGGUGGCUUUCCCAACACGUGCCUUGCCGCCUGGUAGUGCUGAAGCUGUAGCUCUUCCUAAUCCAGGAGAUUAUCACUGGAGGAAAGGUGGUGAGGUUCACCUUAAUGACCCCUUUGCCAUUGCAAAGUUACAAGAGGCUGCCAGAUCCAACAGUGUGUCUGCCUACAAAGAGUACUCUAAACGUGUCCAAGAAUUGAACAAGUCUUGUAAUUUGAGAGGGCUUCUGAAAUUUAAAGAUGCUGAAGCAAAGGUUCCAUUGGAAGAAGUCGAACCAGCGAGUGAGAUUGUGAAACAUUUUGUUACUGGGGCUAUGAGCUAUGGUUCUAUAUCAUUGGAGGCACAUUCAACACUCGCUAUUGCAAUGAACAAGAUUGGGGGAAAGUCGAACACUGGUGAGGGAGGUGAACAACCAUCUCGUAUGGAGCCUCUUCCUGAUGGUUCAAGGAACCCGAAGAGGAGUUCUAUUAAGCAGGUCGCUAGUGGAAGAUUUGGAGUUUCUAGCUAUUACCUUACAAAUGCAGAUGAGUUGCAGAUAAAAAUGGCUCAGGGAGCGAAGCCUGGUGAGGGGGGUGAACUUCCAGGUCAUAAGGUCAUUGGUGACAUUGCUGUGACCAGGAAUUCCACAGCUGGGGUGGGUCUAAUCAGUCCUCCUCCCCAUCACGACAUCUAUUCAAUUGAAGAUCUUGCACAAUUGAUUCACGACCUUAAGAAUGCAAAUCCGGAUGCCCGUGUAAGUGUGAAGUUGGUUUCUGAAGCUGGUGUUGGAGUUAUAGCCAGUGGUGUUGUCAAAGGUCACGCAGAUCAUGUUCUUAUCUCUGGUCAUGAUGGAGGUACAGGGGCUUCAAGAUGGACUGGAAUUAAAAGUGCUGGUCUUCCAUGGGAACUUGGUCUGGCAGAGACCCACCAAACCUUAGUUGCUAAUGAUCUUCGCGGUCGAACUGUUCUUCAAACAGAUGGCCAACUGAAAACCGGAAGGGAUGUGGCGAUUGCUGCACUUCUUGGUGCUGAGGAGUUUGGUUUUAGCACUGCUCCUCUCAUAACACUGGGUUGCAUUAUGAUGAGGAAAUGCCAUAAAAACACAUGUCCUGUUGGUAUUGCCACUCAAGACCCGGUUCUUAGGGAAAAAUUUGCUGGUGAACCAGAACAUGUCAUCAACUUCUUCUUCAUGCUGGCAGAAGAGCUAAGGGAGAUCAUGGCUGACCUUGGAUUUCGAACACUCAGAGAAAUGGUAGGCCGUUCGGACAUGCUUGAACUGGAUAAAGAUGUGGCUGAGAACAAUCAGAAGCUUAGGAACAUUGAUCUGUCCUUAUUACUUCGACCAGCUGCUGAUAUCAGACCAGAUGCUGCACAGUAUUGUGUGCAGAAACAGGACCACGGUUUGGACAUGGCUUUGGAUAACAAACUAAUCGCGCUAUCAAAGCCUGCCUUGGAGAAAAGUCUUCCCGUUUACAUUGAAUCACCUAUCUGCAAUGUUAACCGAGCAGUUGGAACCAUGCUAAGCCAUGAGGUGACGAAGCGCUACCAUAUGGCUGGACUUCCUUCGGAUACCAUUCACAUCAAACUCAGUGGUAGUGCAGGUCAGAGUCUUGGAGCUUUUCUGUGCCCUGGCAUUACACUUGAGCUUGAAGGAGAUAGCAAUGAUUAUGUUGGGAAAGGCUUGUCAGGUGGAAAGAUAACUGUUUAUCCUCCUAAAGGUAGCACAUUUGAUCCAAAGGAGAACAUUGUCAUUGGAAAUGUAGCGCUUUAUGGAGCCACUACUGGAGAAGCUUAUUUUAAUGGGAUGGCGGCAGAAAGAUUUGCUGUUCGCAAUUCUGGUGCUACAGCAGUAGUGGAAGGUGUGGGUGACCAUGGGUGUGAGUACAUGACCGGGGGCACUGUUGUUGUGCUGGGCAAGACUGGGAGAAACUUUGCUGCUGGCAUGAGUGGGGGCAUUGCCUAUGUUCUUGAUGCCGAUUCGACUUUCAAAUCGCGAUGCAAUCUGGAAUUGGUAGAUCUUGACCCAGUUGAAGAAGAGGAGGAUAUUUUAACACUCAGAAUGAUGAUACAACAGCAUCAGCGGCACACAGGCAGUCAAUUAGCUAAAGAAGUGCUUGCGAAUUUUGAUUCUCUUUUACCUAAAUUUAUUAAAGUCUUCCCUCGUGACUACAAACACAUCCUCGCCAGCAUGAAAGCAGGGGAUGUAGCAAAAGCAGCUGCUGAAAAUGCAGCCAAAGAAGCUGAGGUGGAAGAAGAGGCCGAGUUGAAUAAGAAAGAUGCUUUUCAAGUGCUUAAAGAUAUGUCGGUUGUAUCAGAUGACAACAAUACCAGUCAGGCUGAAGAGGAACAGUUAUUGAAGAGACCAACUAGUGUUUCUAACCCUGUCAAGAAUGGGGGUUUUGUUGCUUACGAGCGAGAGGGAGUUUCAUACAGGGACCCCACUGAGAGGAUGGAGGACUGGAAUGAAGUUAUGGUAGAGUCGAAACCUGGGCCACUGUUGAAAACACAGUCUGCUCGCUGUAUGGAUUGUGGUACCCCUUUUUGUCAUCAGGAGAACUCUGGAUGCCCUCUUGGUAAUAAGAUACCUGAAUUUAAUGAGUUAGUGUACCAAAAUAGAUGGCGUGAAGCAUUGGACAGGCUUUUGGAGACUAACAACUUCCCGGAAUUUACGGGCCGUGUAUGCCCUGCACCUUGUGAAGGUUCAUGUGUUCUCGGUAUUAUAGAAAAUCCAGUCUCUAUCAAAAGUAUAGAGUGCUCUAUCAUAGAUAAAGCUUUUGCGGAGGGAUGGAUGGUGCCACGUCCUCCUUUGAAGAGAACUGGAAAAAAAGUUGCUAUUGUUGGAAGUGGGCCUUCUGGCAUGGCGGCUGCUGAUCAGUUGAACAAAAUGGGACACUCUGUGACAGUAUUUGAGCGCUCGGACAGAGUUGGUGGCCUGAUGAUGUAUGGGGUGCCCAACAUGAAGACUGACAAAAUUGAUAUAGUCAAAAGACGAGUUGAUCUCAUGGCAAAUGAAGGAGUCAACUUUGUAGUUAAUGCCAAUGUUGGUCAAGAUCCCUCCUACUCACUAGACCGACUUCGUGACGAGCAUGACGCCAUUAUCUUGGCUGUAGGAGCCACAAAACCAAGGGACCUUCCUGUUCCUGGGAGAGAUCUUUCUGGAGUCCAUUUUGCCAUGGAGUUUCUUCAUGCUAAUACAAAAAGCUUGCUAGAUAGCAAUCUCGAGGAUGGAAAUUACAUCUCUGCUAAGGGAAAGAAGGUAGUAGUGAUUGGUGGAGGUGACACUGGCACCGACUGUAUAGGGACAUCUAUUAGACAUGGCUGCACUAACAUCAUAAAUCUGGAGCUUCUCCCUGAGCCACCUCGUACUAGAGCUGCCGGCAACCCUUGGCCUCAGUGGCCUCGCGUAUUCCGCGUAGAUUAUGGGCACCAAGAAGCUGCAACCAAGUUCGGCAAGGAUCCAAGGUCCUAUGAAGUUUUGACAAAACGUUUCAUAGGAGGUGAGGAUGGAGUUGUGAAAGGACUCGAGCUUGUGCGCGUCCAAUGGGCGAAGGACGAAAGUGGAAGAUUCCAAUUUAAGGAAGUAGAAGGUUCAGAGGAGAUCAUCGAAGCUGAUCUAGUCUUGCUGGCAAUGGGAUUCCUUGGUCCUGAACAGACAAUGGCAGAGAAACUGGGGUUGGAGCAAGACAACCGGUCAAACAUAAAAGCUGAGUAUGGCCGUUUCUCGACCAAUGUGGAAGGGGUGUUUGCCGCAGGGGAUUGCAGAAGGGGACAGUCUCUGGUGGUGUGGGCUAUAUCUGAAGGAAGACAAGCAGCUUCACAAGUUGACAAAUUUCUCACGAAAGAUGAAAGCGAUGCUGCACAAGGACAGGAAGACGAAUUUGCGGACAAACAUCAAGAUGGAAACAGACAAACAGUGAAGACCUAAUAAUACGGCUUAAAACUUGUUGUCUUUGGCUCGAAAGGGCUCUCUUACUUGGAGUGAUCGUUCGUCCACAGACAAUGUGGAAAGGUGCAUUGAGAGAUCAGAACCAAGAGGAGAGAGCCUUUUGUAGAAGCAGGAUUUAGAAUUUUAUAAUGAUAGUUUGUGAAAGUUUUUGUGUUUAUAUAAGUUAUAUAUAUUAAUUUAGUAUGAUUUGAAAUUUGAUGUGGUUGGUUUAUGUUCAGGCAAUCUUUUUUGCCAGGUUGGUUAAGGUAAGGGAAUAAAUAACAAUGUACAGGUCGUUGUCUGAUUUAAUUUUCUUUGAGAAAUUGAUUAUAUACACUACUGGGGGAUUUUAGUUUUUCUUUUUA